UGGCGCUAAAGCUGGCGCUAAAGCUGGCUCUUAUCUGCUUUCGGUUAAUUGGACAAUUUUGCAGAGCAGUCGCGCCACGGCUCGGGUUGCUGCCUGGCUCCAGCUCUCAGCCGCGUAAAAGUCUGCGCAGCAUGAGCAUCGUAGAGAGGCUUCGCAAGCACAAACGCUUUUGCGCGAGCGUCGGCUCGGUGAACUUGGGCGCGCUCUGCGUCGGCCUGGCGAUGGCUUGGCCGAAGCCCUCGCUCGCCUACGCGCACGAGGCGGCGCACCCGCAGCUGCCGUUCGUCGACGAGGCCUGGGUCGAGUCGAUAAUCAACGCGGGCGCCAGUCUCGGCAGCCUCGCCUCCAUUUUCAUCAGCGGCUUUUACGGGCGGCGGACAUCCUUCUGCUUAUCGGGCGCCAUCCUCGCCGCCUUCUGGCUGUUCCUUGGCUUCUCGGGCGGCGACAAAGUCGUGAGUCGUGCCCGCUCGCGCGAUUCUUCGCCGACGAGCCAUCAGUCAAAGGUGGCGCCUUAUCAGUUGAUUAUUUCCGCAGCGGCAGUCGCGGGGCUCGGCGUCGGCACGUUCUCGGCAACCGCGGUACUUUACGUCGCCGAGAUUUCCACCUUGAAGAGCCGCGGCGUCGUGGGAACGAGCGUCAUGCUCUCCGGCUGCCUCGGCAUCUUCGCCAUCAAUCUGCUCGGGCGUUUCUUCGACACGGGCAUCGCCAUCGGUCUGAUGGCCGCUCCGCCUCUCUGUUUCCUGGCGAGCGUUCGCUUGCUCGUCAUCGAGUCGCCGUUCUAUCUGUUCCAGAAGGGCGCCGUUCUCCAGGCCAAAACGUCGCUGACGCACCUGCGGGCCCGCCACAGCCUUCUGGAAGUCGACGAGGAGUUCCGCUCCAUGGAAGCCAUGUUCAACAGGAGCUUCUCCAAGGGCACGGGCCGCCGGCGACUGCUGGAGUCGCUGUGUCCCGGAAGCACGCGGCCCCUCGGCCUCGCUGCCGUGCCGGUGCUCUGCGUCAGCCAGAUGCUCGGGCUGGUGGCGCUGACCGACUACGCGGAGCAGCUCGUCGAGUCCAUCUGCCCGUACAGCAGAGGCCUGCUGACCUCCUUCGUCGACGUGGCGUCCAGCGUGCUCUGCGUCUUCGCCAUCGAGCGGUUCGGUCGCAGGGCCCUGCUGUUCUUCACCGUCGUCGGCUGCGGCUUGUGCUGCCUCGCUCUCGCGCUCUACCACUUGACGCGAGGCGAGCAGUGCUACGCGCAAGAGCUCUUGGCCGCGGACCACCGAACGCUUCCGACGGUCGUGCUCUGCGUUUACUACGGGAUUUACGCGCUGGGCCUGACGCCCGUCUUGCCGAUCGUCACCGCCGAGAUAUUUCCGUGUCGGGCAAAGGCAGCGGCAGUGGGCAUCUGUACCUCUCUUCUCUAUUUCGUCGCCUUCUGCACGCGACGCUCUUACGAGGCUCUCAACCAGUACACCAGUUCGUGUUUCGCCUUUGCAUGCUUCGCCAUGUUGGGCUCGAUUGCUCUACCCUUCGUCGUCGCCGCGUUGCCGGAGACCGCGCCAACGAGUUUGCUGCAGAUGCAGACCGAGUUGGACAACGGCGUUGUCAUCAACUAUUGAAUUACGAUCUGUACUGACUCCAUUAUCUCGAGCAGAC